CGGUAAUCGAUAUCAAGAGAUGCCCCACACGUGUGUCCCUGUUUGUUUAUAUUUUGGUGCUUCUCAAUUUGGAUUUUUACCAAUAUAAAUGGACUUUGCCAAGAAAAUACUCGGAAAAUACGGCUGGAAAGAAGGCGAUGGCCUGGGGAAACACAACACCGGAAUCGCAGCUCCUUUAAAAGCCAGUUUGAAAUUCGAUAAUGCGGGAUUGGGAGUGGAUCGCGCCCAGGAAUUCAACGAUCAUUGGUGGGAACGCUGCUUUAACGAGGCUGCCAGCAAUGUUGACGUCCAGAUUCAGCAGGAUGGUCAAGUGUCAACCUCCCGGAAGAAAGGUACGGAUGCGGUAGAGAUUUCUACGAGCGGAUUUUCGGCGCGGAAACUUAAAAAAGCCAAGGAACAACAUGCCAGUGAUGGAAAAGCCACCUACGACAACUUCCUGCAGACUUCGCUGCUAACCCAAGACGGUGGCGAAGUGGAGACCUCUGAACGCAUUAAAGUGGAGGACAUUGAAGUUGCCAAGGUGACUGUACUCACAGAUGAGGAGCUCUUCAAAGCCUGCGGAGGAAGGACUGCUCACAAAGGAGCCCGUCAUGGGCUUAAGCUAAGCGGGAAAAUCGCCCGCUUGGAACAGCAGGAGCGCGAGAUGUUGGAAAAACUUCAGGGCAAACUGAAGACUGAUUCUCAGUCAGUUUCUGUCCAGAAAAGCAACCAGAAAUGGGAGCCAGCUGAAGAUGACAGUACGGAGCAGCCUGAAAAAAGGAAAAAAAAGAAAAAGCCUAAAACAGAGGAGUCAUUUGAGGAUGCAGCGGUUGACCAACGGGAAGAGUCGUUAAAAACCAAGAAGAAAAAGAGGGACAAAUCUGAAAAGACGGGAGAGAAUUCCCAAGAUGUUACAGAAACCCAAGAGGAACCUGUAAAGUCAAAAAAGAAGAAGGAUAAAAGAGCCGAAAAGCUACAAGAUGUGUUUGAGGCAACAGAAGCAACGCAAGAUAAUAAAUCCGCGGAACCACUUAAACCCAAAAAGAAACGAAAAACAGAGGAAUUAAACGGGGAAUUUGAAGAGCCCACAAAAACAAAAAAGAAGAAAAAGAGCAAGGAAGAGUAGCAAUAGGAGUAGAAAAGGUAUAGUGUAGUACAUAAUUAACAAUGAGCGUUAACACAAUGUAUUUUAUAAAAACCCCAUCCUUAGGUUUUUGUAAUGUAGAUGACCACUUUUACAAUGUAUAAUUCAGUUUGAUCCUUGUAAAUAACUAAAAUACGAAUAAACUUUCAAAUAUAA